CUUUCCUUUCGCUGCUGCGGCCGCAGCCAUGAGGUGAGGGCGAGCUGGUCUCCAUCAGGCGCUGACGCGUGUCGGCAAGGGACUGUCGGUCUUGGGACCGCAGCUGGGGUUGGGGGAGAUGAAAUGGAGGCCGCCCUAAAGCGGCCGGUCCCGGGGUUUGGGGUAGGCCGGAGCACUUUCGUCCCGGGCCGCCGGAGUGGGGAGGGGGUCGGGGAGCGUCGCAGCAACUGAUACCAGGAAAAGUCUGCCCCGGCUGGCGCCGCACACGUGUCCGGUCGACCCACGGGAGCAGAGCAAAGGGAGCGAACAAGACCAAGCCGUGGGCCCUUUCUUGCUUGGCACACCCGGAGCGGAGCCGAUCUCUGCUUUCACGUGAUGUAGGGCAAGCCUAGUGUAGGCCCCAGGCCUCCGACUGCCGAGAGAGUAUGCUCAGGCUUCAGAAGAGGCUCGCCUCUAGUGUCCUCCGCUGUGGUAAGAAGAAGGUCUGGUUAGACCCCAAUGAGACCAAUGAAAUCGCCAAUGCCAACUCCCGUCAGCAGAUCCGGAAGCUCAUCAAAGAUGGGCUGAUCAUCCGCAAGCCUGUGACGGUCCAUUCCCGGGCUCGAUGCCGGAAAAACACCUUGGCCCGCCGGAAGGGCAGGCACAUGGGCAUAGGUAAGCGGAAGGGUACAGCCAAUGCCCGAAUGCCAGAGAAGGUCACAUGGAUGAGGAGAAUGAGGAUUUUGCGCCGGCUGCUCAGAAGAUACCGUGAAUCUAAGAAGAUCGAUCGCCACAUGUAUCACAGCCUGUACCUGAAGGUGAAGGGGAAUGUGUUCAAAAACAAGCGGAUUCUCAUGGAACACAUCCACAAGCUGAAGGCAGACAAGGCCCGCAAGAAGCUCCUGGCUGACCAGGCUGAGGCCCGCAGGUCUAAGACCAAGGAAGCACGCAAGCGCCGUGAAGAGCGCCUCCAGGCCAAGAAGGAGGAGAUCAUCAAGACUUUAUCCAAGGAGGAAGAGACCAAGAAAUAAAACCUCCCACUUUGUCUGUACAUACUGGCCUCUGUGAUGACAAAGAUCAGCCAUUAAAAUAAAACAAGCCUUAAUCUGC